CAUCGCGGCCCACGCACCAUCAUAGGCGCCCGCGCUGCGCGCAUGCGCACUGCGUGCGCCAGCCGCGUGCCACCCCGCUCCUCAUUGUUCCCGACGACGCCGAAGGACGAGCAGCCGCAACGCCGCAAAAAUGACGAAAAAGGCGAAGAGCAAGACAAAAAGUGAUGAGGCGCCACCGAAAUCGGCGCAUUCCGAGAAACAGACUACAGAGCCCGGCACAGGUCCUGGCAGUGGCCAAAAAGCAGAUGCUGCUGCGCCCGCGCAGCCGCCCACGUCAGCAGGAGCAGGGCCGGCGCCACAGCCACCAGAGGCGGCUAAGCCGAAGGACUCGCCAGCUGCAGCUGCAGCCAUCCCCACACCAGCUCCACCUAACGCCAAGAGCGACGAGUCCAAAACCUCGGAGCAGCCUGAGAUGGGAUCCCAAGCACCUACUCAGUUGGAAGUUGUGGGCUCCCCACUAGAAAGGCCUCCUACAGAUCAGUCACCUUCACAGUUGGGAAUAGUUGACUCUCCAUCAAAAGAGCCUGUUACAGCUCAGGCAUCUCCACAGUUGGGAGUCGUGGGCUCCUCAUUAGAAAAGCCUCCUAAAACACAGUCUCCUCCACAGUUGGAAGUUGUGGGCUCCCUACCAAUAGUUCAGUCAUCUCCUGAGACAGGAAACCUGGUCUCCCCACAAGAAAAGCCUCCUACAGACCAGGCACCUCCACAGUUGAGAGUUAUGGGCUCCCCACCAGAAAAGCCUCCUACUGCCGAGGAAUCUCCACAGUUGGGAGUCAUGGUCUCCCCACCAAAUAAGCCUCCUAUAGCUCAGGCACCUCCGCAGUUGGGAGUCGUUGCUUCUCCAGCGGAAAAGCCUCCACCACCCAAGAAGGAUAUUGCUUCAAACAGUGAACCAAAGCCGAGUGUUCCAGUUCAAAGUGAACCUCCGCAGGAACAGCCCAUAGUUCCUCAGCCUACCAGUCAGCCUUUACCACAACCACUGGUCGGUGACCCCUCCCUCAGUCCUACACCCAGUGAUAAAACGCGAGAGGUGCCCAUAGAAAAAUCUCAGACGGAAAAGAGCUCACCGCCUAUUGCUCCACCCAAGGUACAAGAUCCUGGAAGAGAACUUGCAGAUAAGAAUAAAAAGGUAUCGUCAGAUGCAGCAUCUAAUGGACAGCCCUCUAAACAGCAUGCAGAGAAACAGAACAAACGCCAAGUGGCUAAGCAAAGCGUCCAAACGAAUUCUGUACAGAAAGGAGAUCCUAAUGUCAACAAGCCGUCGGAGAUAGAUAACAAGCAAAUCGCUCAGGACAAAGUAACAGAAAAACCAGAGUCUAGUAGUAAACCUAAAACAACGAAAGACAACACUGCAGCAAAAGUGAACGAAGUAAAAGACAAACGAAACAAAAAUCAGCUUUCUGGAGCAACGUCGGAGACGCUCAUUGAGCAAAAUAGUACGAACGAAGUCUCCAAAAAGGUAACGGAUGCGGAGGCACCAAAACCGAAGGACUCUAACAAAAAUUCAACUGCCCCCGCGACACAGAACAUAAAAUCGGCAGAGAAACGCGAAACAUCGAAAGACCAAACAGCUGAUGGAAAGACGUCAGAACAAAAAUUUCCAGCAGCACCAGGAAAUCAGCAGAAGCCACCAUCACCAAAAAACGACCCCAACGAGAAAGUUAAUAAAAAUGAACCGUCAAAGAAAAGUAAACAGAAAAACGAGACGGGUGUGUCCAAGAGUGAAGGGGCUCCAAAUUUGAAGGAAAUGAAGCCAGCAAGCAAAGGCGGAAAGAAGGAUGCCACUAAAACGGCUACCGGUGCUGAGAUUUCGCCAGAAGUGAAAGAAGCACCUAAUUUGUCUAUAACAACGGAAAAUUCGAAAAAAUCUUCCUCUAACAUACUCCUAGAGACUGAUCUUCCAACUUUAGAAGCAGUUGCUUCUAAUCACUCGGCCCAAGUCAAAGACGAUGGCAGCAAAGUGAAUCAGCUAACUAAGAUCGCAACGGAUCCCAAAGACAGCAAAGAAGGUCCCAUUAAGGAUGACGCACAAUCUAAAUCGAGCGGCAAGAAGAAGAAUCGUCAGCAGAAGAAAUCGGUUUCAGAAGACGCUAAGCCGUCAGAGGCGAAUGACAAUAAGGGACCACAAGAGGUUGCCAAGCCCAAGAACAAUGAAAAGAAAAAGCCGGCACCUGCUUCACCAUCCAAGGACAAGGAAUCAAACCGCGACACUGCUUCAGCGCCUGGGGAGAAGAAUCGAAAGAAUGUGUCUGGUGAAAGUGCAGGUACAGGACCUAAAGUUUCACCAGGGAAGUCGCCCACGGUAGAGAAGUCUCCGGUAACUGCUGAUAAAGACUCGUCAGAUAAAACACAAGUAAUAAAUGCUGAGUCACAACCCGAAGAACAAGAAGCUUCAAAGAAAAAGAAACGAAAUCGUCAUAAGAAGAAAAACAAAGUUGGAGAUAAUUCUACCGAUGCAAACGUCGAGGGAGGAAAACAGCAAGAUACGAAUGUAACGGCUGUCGGCGGCGAACGCAAAGCAAAGGAGAAACAACAAACUACCGCGCCGCCAACAAGUAAGUCGAAAGGUCAGCAAAAAGAUUCCCAGCCGGGCCAAACAAAGGCGAGUAAGGGAACACAGCCAGUUCCUACAACGACGCAAGAUGGUCAACCAUCGGAUGAAGCUCCAGCAAAACAAGCCUCUGGUACAACCAGCCAAACAGCAUCUGCUAAGAAACGGAACCGCCGCAAGAAGAAGGGGGCCUCAGGGAUAGAGAAAGACGGUGAUGUCAACAUACUGCCAGAGAGCAAGUCUGCAGAAUCAAAAGAAACAUCAGUCGCCAAACCAGAAGAACAGAAACCGAGAGUUAAUAUUCCAUCAACGCAAACGAAAACGGACGAGACCAAUAAGAAGAAAACUGAUUCAAAGCCAACAACUAAGCCCGAGAAACCUCAGCAACAAGAUGCUCAGUUCUCUGAGGGGACCGAAGACCAAUCUGAAAAUUUCGUAGAAGUUAAAUCGAAGAAUAAGAGAAACAAGAAAAAGAAACUAGAUUCGGCAGAGGCAAAGGAGGAUAGUGCUAGAUCUCUCUCCUCGUCUAAUAAUGUGUCAAAAAUUGGCCCUGAGAACAUUGUAGACGCGAGCGUCAGUAGCAGUGAGGGCAACAAGGGAACGGAAAAUGCUGGUGGCGAUUCUGUGAAAGAAGUGACGAGCAAAGUGUCGCCACCGAAAAUUAGCCAAGAAGCCAGAGAGCAGAAGAUGCUAAAUAAGAAAUUGGCAGAACGAGCACAGCUUAAGAUUAAGAAACAAAUUGAAUCUAAUGCUCUGUCAGAAGUGGAGAAAUCGGAGAAAUACUUAGAAACCAUAACAAAAAACCUCCGGGAACUGACUAAACUGCGCUCAUCGAGACUGGAAGAUGUCCUACAACAACCAGGCGAUGAAGAGUUCGAUUACGAAUACACACCGGUUCAGAGAAAUACCUUUCUCGCAACAACGUGCCACGUUUGCAAAGAAUCAAAGCAGAGGGAGGUGAUGAAGGUCUGUGAACAGUGCCACUUAAUGAGCUACUGCUCUGAAGAGCAUCAGAAAUCUGACUGGUCAGCGCACAAAGAUCUCUGUCAAGCUGUCAGCGAAAUGUGCAAAGAAAGAGGCACAGAUAAUCUCUACGCUCCAGCUGUGGGUCUCUCCGCAGAAGAAUAUAGGGGAUAUAGAAUGAACGCACUCCUCGAGUGUUCUGCUAUUCUAAACCGUCAAUUGGAGCCAUACGAACAGGAAAUUAUUUUGUAUCCUAAUGUGUGCCAUACUUGCCAUUUGCCAUCUGCUGCCAAUCUGCACACUUGUGAGUCGUGCGGUAUGGUGAGCUACUGCUCGCCUGAACACAGGCCGCCAAACCACGACGUGUGGUGUCACGACCUACAACUGUACAAAAGUUUAAUUAUAUACCAGAGCAGAAACGGCGUCAUCAACCCACAGCUGCCAGUGUUUCUCCCCGAGAGCUUCCAGCCGCUCAGUAGUGACAUGCAGUCGGACCUGCUGAAGCUUUCCGGCGGUGUGGACGCCAGUCCCUUAGAGCGAGCAGUGCUCUCCGAAAUUGCCACCGGGCCACUCACUGCUCUCUUCGCGCUUCAAAAGUCGAAUAAAGUCAGCGGAACUACGGAGAAGCUGGUUGUCCAUUUCGUGGGCGCAGAGUGGUCGUUCGAAAUGGAAAGAGCCGACAAGUGGGAGGCAUUCCUGCUGCACCUAAUUCCCAGCCUGAAAGCUCUAGUCCUCGUCUUCGUCGGGCCCGAGGUGUGCAGUCUGCCACCGGAAGCGCGGGGUCUACUGCAGAAGCAAUCCACACUGUGCCCGCAGUGUCAGGAGAAAGGCCGCACCGUGGAAAUGGUAAUCCCUCCACAGACCUUUUACCACGAGUACGUCGCUUCGCAGGACUACAUACCGCCCACCAUCAUCUGUGCCUACAACGCUGGACUGUACAGGCCGCAUGGUCACAAGGAUAUAGACUCCUGGUCCGACACCGUGACAGCGCUGUUGAAAGAUCCUAGUGUCCCAGUCGCGGUUACGUCGUACACUGCGGAGGAAGUACUCAAGGAUGCAGAAAGGCUGCAGCAUCAUAGGGCAUUGAACUUUGUCUUACCACCCUCGCAGAAUCCGUACCGCAGUCUCAGGCCUAAUAGAAACUUCGCCAGCGAUGACGUCACGCCCGUCAUCUUCAAGAACUACUACAUAAUGAUAGCAACAUCGCUUGCACAAUGAAAUCGUGUCAAGCAAGUUAAACAAACGUGUUGACAUUCCAGUCCAUCAAUCCAAUGCUGUUUGUAAUUACAUUCAUUUCUCGUUGCAUUUGCCACAUAUAAACAUAGUAUUUCCAUGUUUCUGGAAAAAUAAACUAGCUUGGUAUCUCUCUGCUUUGUAUAUUAUGCUCCUUUAUGUCUUACACAGUAAAACCUUGGUUAAGAUUCGUAUAAA